AUGUACUUUAGUAUCGAAAAUACAACCGGCACGCCCUGCGCUCGUCGACUGAAUGUCGCCGCUCACCCUACGAAAGAGGAUUAUUCAACUACGGACCUCCACAUUUAUAGACCGAAAUCAGUGUAUAAACUGAAGUGUGUACCAAACUGUGAGCCAGCCUGCGUAUAUGGCGAGUGCAAGGCACCAAAUGUAUGUGCAUGUAAUAGUGGUUACGAAACUGACCCUGCAAACCGACAUAUAUGUAUCCCAGUUUGCGAGCAAACGUGUGUACAAGGCACAUGUGUAGAACCUAAUAUUUGUAAAUGUCACUUCGGGUGGAGUUUAGCGACUGCAAACACUUGUGUGCCAAUCUGCAGCAGUCCAUGCGGUUAUGGCACUUGCGUACGACCUGAGAUAUGUGAAUGCCAUGAUGGAUAUCACCGUAAUGCGACAUCUAAUACAGGAUUGUGUGUUAAGAACAGCGGGAAUAGUCUACGAGAAUUUUAUGGCGGCGUGGUAUGCCAGGGCCUUUUACUCACUCUAAUAUGUAUGAGUAUAAUGGAAAUAUUCGUGAACGGCUGCCACAUGUGGGGACUGACAUUUUUCAAAUGUAAACCAAAGUGCUUACCAGCGUGCAAAAACGGUUACUGCGAAUCGCCAGGUGUAUGUGCAUGUAAUGAAGGUUACUCACCUGACCCUAGUAACCCCCACACUUGUCUUCCAAUUUGCGAGCCGAGUUGUUUACACGGCACAUGUAUAGAACCUAAUACUUGUAAAUGUGACUUUGGUUAUGAGCUACAAGAUCGUCAAUGUCAACCAGUUUGUUCUGACCCAUGCGAGAAUGGAGUGUGUGAAGCUCCAGAAACCUGUACCUGCCUUAAUGGUUUUAGGAUGUCAGAAAACAAAAUCUGCGUUCCUUACUGUUCAAAAGGCUGUGAUAAAGGUAUAUGUACCAAUCCCGAGACGUGCUCUUGUGAGUUUGGCUGGAAUUUAAAAACUCCAAACUCUUGUGAGCCAAUGUGCAGCAGACCGUGCGGUAAUGGCACUUGUACACGACCAGACGAAUGUGAUUGUAGUAGAGGAUAUAAACUUGAUUUCGAUAAUACAUUAGAAACAGACAUGUGUAUUCCUAAUUGUGGUAAUUGUGAAGGUGUGUGUGUAGCGCCUGGUGAAUGUGUUUGUGAUCCACCGUAUACGGCAAAAGCUGUAAGAGAUGAUGGUGAAGAGUGCGACUGUGUUUCCGACUGUUCGAUUGCCAAUAAAACAUGUGAUCGCACUAUUUGUUACAUUGAGACUACCAGCCCUUCAACUGAAACGGAUGCAACUUCAACAGAACAAGAAUUUACAGAUGCUGAUUAUACAUCGUCGACUAAUGACGAUUUAGAUUAUAAUACAACAGAAAAAAGCGUUAUAGUAACUACACCAACUACGAAUACUAAUUUCUUGUUGUCCAAUGCCGCCAAUACGUCAAAAGAAAUAGGGUCCUGGAAAUUAUUCGGAGUGAUAGUAGGUGCUGUAGUCCUGCUCUGUUGUAUGAGUAUUAUUAUAAUUGUAAUAAUAUAUCGGAAACAUAUAUGUAGAUACAUGAAUGGAGCUGUUUACGUUGUCGAUGAUAACGUAGGCACGGAUGAAGUCGGUGAUCAAUUUGAUUUCAGUCGAAUUGAAUUUUCUUCUAUUUUAAGGAACAGACAAGAGGAAGAAGAGAGUCUUUACGCCGAAAUAGGUUGUAAAGAAGUUAGUAACAACUAA